AUGAAGAUUAUUCUUAGUGAUUCUAUUUUAAUUGAAAAGGCAAAAUUAUUAGUAACAGGAUUAGGUAUUCCUGAAAAUACUUUAUUAUUUUCUUCUGGUUGGUUAUAUGGUUUUAAAAAAUGUAAUAAAAUUCAACAAAUAAAAUUACAAAGUGAAGCAGCAUUAGCAAAUAAAGUUUUUAUUGAAGAGACAUUUCCAUUAUUACAAAAUAAAUAUGCAGAUUAUUCUUCUGAACGAAUUUAUAAUAUAGAUGAAACAG